GCCUUGAAAGCAGCACGACGUAUCCCGCGAUACCCGAUCGAGCCGCACUGAGUCGCGUCGCCGCGUUGCGUACAGCAAAGCUUAUCUCUCGUUCCUGACCCGCGAUCGACGAGUUUCGAGUCCCGCCGACGUCGCCGCGCCGCGAGUGACAGUAGCAGAUAGAGUGGACCGAGCAGCCCCGCGCCGCUCCUCAAGGAUUACUCUGUGUCAAGUGCCCAACAAGUCCAUCAUGAAGUCCAGCAGCCUGGUGCUCGUGAGCGCCCUCGUCUUCGUGCUGGUGGCGCCCGUCGUCUUCGCUCGCCCCCCGCACAGGCAGAAGCGCGUGUCGGACCAGCGCCUGGGCGAGCUGGAGGCGCUGCUGGCCCUCAAGAAGCUGCGCGGCAAGCUGGUGACGGUGCCCGUGGCCUUCGGCCAGAUCAACCCGAACGACUAUGGUCGGAAACGGAGGUCAGCUCCGCACAGCCCCUCCAGCCACGUGCUGCUGGAGCGGCUGCUGGAGGCCCUGCCGCAGGACGACGUCCACGACGCGCUGGGCCUGGAGCGCCUGGACCGCCUGGAGUACGACGAGGCGGCCCCCGCGGCCCUGGAGGCGCUGCAGGCGAUGCCCAUCGCCAGCGCCUACGAACGAGAACGACCGGCAGCGGCGUUGAACGCGUUCAACCGACCGCUGGCGGAGUGAUGACGCUAGCAGCAUCUCGACGCGCCCCGCGCCACGCCACGCCACGCCCCCCGCGCCCCGCGCCCCUGCGGCGCCCCGACAUGAACGCCAUGAACGGGGUGUCCGCCCGCCACGCACCGCCACGCACCGCCGCCGAGGCCGAGCUGCCCCAAAGGGACGCCGCUGCCGUUUCUUCGCUGUCCGGCAACCCCUUCGUACUUAAACUACUUCCCUAGGCGGCUUUGUGUCUUUGCCGACGCCCUGUCCGGCGUGGCCACCGAGUCCUCCCGCGCAAGUCCUCCAACGGCUGGCUCACAUAUCUGCCAAGAGAUGAUUGCUUUAGCGUAUUCGGGCCGCCCCAGCCGUCUCACGCGCCCGCAGCCCCGCGCAGCCCGCACCGGCUGGGGAGGCCCUCGUAGGUGUAAAAACACGACCGCUUCCCCCUCAUGUCUCUCUCUCUCUAGCUAGACUGCAUUUUAUUGUUCAAGAUUAGUUUGAAAAGAGGAAAGGAUCACAUGGUUGUGUUUUUUAUCUUACCAAAGUCACACCAAACUCUCGUUCCUAUAAUUUAUGGUCUUUUAUUGUUUUAUUUAUGUUAUGAUUUUCCCUGUGUGUGAUGGGUUCAGUGCCACGGCGAAAUCGUUUUGAUUUGCUCUCAUUGAAUGUGUUGUGUUCGUACAAACUUAAUUAUUUAUUAAGGUUAAUGUGAUCAGUAUUAUUCAUUUGCAAGCAUUCCUUUUCGUGCGUUCGCAUUAUGGUGGGCCUACGAUUUGUGAUACACAGCUUCGAAGUGUCUUUACGUUAGGAAACAAGGAGAGGCCUGCACCUGGUAUUUUUCAUGUUGCGACAAAUAUGAGCACAAAUUAUGUAUUACCAAAGCAGGUUUCCUCUUGAUCGCGCUUAAAAGAAUAUUAGUUCUUAAAAGACACUUUACUUACUUUAUUGUAAAUAGAAAGUUGUAGUAGUUCUCUUCUCUCGGAAGAGUUGUGGCCAUGUACUUAACUAAGCAAUGGUUUGAGUUCCUUAAUGUGUAGAUCGCUUGCUUCAACAAGACCUACGCCUUCAAUCUGUGAGAACUCUUGAUCUGUUGUAGCGUUUCUUUUGAAGCCAGUGCAAGUUAAUUUAUUUUUUUCAUUUAAGUUAUGUCGGCAUCGCAUCGAUGUAAGAGAAUGUCAUGCGCAGUCGCGAAUUCAUUUUAGUAAUUUAUUUUAUCAUUAUGUUUAUUUUUUUAGUGUCUCAUCAUCGUGUAUUCCCAGUGUCUAUGAUGUUCGUGAGCUAAAUACUCACAUAUAUUUGGGGAAGUCAAUAAUACCGUCUGAAAACAGUU